CAAAUAGAAGCGCCAGCAGUUAUUUACCUCGCCGCUUGAGUACAUUGAUCUUAGGCGCGGCCUGCCUGUCUGGACAAUACCUCGCACCAAAAUGAACACGGCUUUGCUUCGCUCCAGCGGGGCAGCUAGCUCCUCCGGACGACUGUCGCAAGUAAUUUCUAGGGACUCGGUUAAUGUUGUGUUUGGGUCGGCGCGAGUUGCGCCCGGUCGCGCUCGGACGAUGCCGAUUGUUCGCUCGGCUGGGCCAGACGACCUGAGCCGCCCGGCGCCGUCCCUGUCCGAUCCCGAGCCCUCUGCUUCAUCCGCGCCGGUUGUGCCUGCCACCGAGGCGCCGGUCAACCCUAGCAACGUGGGCGCGGUGCUGGCGCUGGCGACUGCGGGGCUGGUCGAGACGACCUACCUGACCUACGUCAAGCUGUUCGACGCGACCGUGGCCUGCCCCACCAACGGCUGCGAGAGCGUGCUGGCCUCGCCCUGGGGCUCGCUGUUCGGCGCGCCGCUGCCGCUGUUCGGCAUGCUUGCCUACGGCGCGGUGGGCGCGGCGGCGGCGCUGUACCUGCGCCAGGCGGCGGACAGCUCGGCGGAGGGGGUGGCGGGGCGGCGCACCAGCCUGCUGGCGCUCAGCGGCGGCGUGGCGGCGCUGGCAACCACCAGCGCGGUGCUCAUGACCAUUCUCCAGACGCGGCUGGGCGGCACCCCCUGCCUGUGGUGCUACGUGUCAGCGGCGCUGUCGGCGUCCAUGGCCGUCACGCUGGGCACCUCGCUCAGCGGCAAGCAGGUCAAGGAGAACGCGCCUGCGGCUGUGGCUGCCGCGCUGGCCACCGCCGCAGUGCUGUACGCGGGCUGGCCGCACCCGGGCGCCGGCCAGGUCUACAUCGACGACGACUUCUUCCUGGAGUACAAGUCGCCGGUGGUCGCCACCGAGUCCAGCAGCCGGGCCAUGGACUUGGCGGCGCGGCUGAACGCGGUGGGCGCGCGCAUGUACGGCGCCUUCUGGUGCAGCCACUGCCUGGAGCAGAAGGAGGAGUUCGGCGGCGCCGCCAUGACGCAGUUCCCCUACGUCGAGUGCUUCCCCAACGGCUGGCGCAAGGGUGAGAAGCUGGCGCCGCUGUGCGAGGCGGCCAACGUGCGCGCCUUCCCCACCUGGGUCAUCGGCGGCAAGACCAUCGAGGGCGAGCUGCUGCUGGAUGAGGUGGAGAAGGAGCUGGCGCGAGCUGAGGCGGCGGCGGCGGCGCCCGAGGCGGUGGCGGUGGCGCCGUGAGAUCCGUCAGCGACACGGAAAGCCCCGUGGUGUGCGCCGUGAGGACGACAGGCGGGGCACAGGGCGUGCGGGCGAGCAGGCGCGGUGCAGGAGACGUGUGCGAUACGCCGCGGCAAAUGACAUGUAUGGGGUCGGGUUGUGGUCUGGCAUCCACAUGGGACAUGCAGAAGAAUCCAAAGGCGGGUGGGCAGGGCCGAAGUACUACAUCGGCUGGUUGUGCGGACACCGCAAGACGGCUGGUGCCUGAAGAAUGAAGGCUGAAGAAAGUUUUGGAUGUGGCAUGGUCCGGGCAAGUGCGCAUGCAUGCUGUCAAGAGUGCGAGGUCUGGAGAUGAUUGCGGUCGUGUUCAUGCGCACAAACCGCACUCUUGCGGACAGAGGCCACCAUGACGGUGGGUUCCUCGGGUGUAUUUGAAUAGAAGUACCGGAACUUAAGCGGUUCCGGGUGGCCCACACCGCAUUUCUAAAUUAGCGGGGGCAACACGUUGCAUGUAAUACCGGUACAUAGCGUCCAACCGUGGCGUCCAACCUAACAAUGCUAUUGGCUAGGUCGUGGGGCUUCACCCACACAUAAAGGACAAGCUGUAACAUUUCAGACCU